AUGAUAUCCACGAUGAGCACCAACAAAAAUGGUUUGUCUGACGGAAAAGACGAAGAUGCUGUUGAAGAUGAACACAAGGUCGGUUUCACCAGUAGUAGCAGUGGCGCUUUAGGCGGAGGAGAUGCGGGCUUGAAUCCAGGGAGGCCUUCGGAAGAAGCUAGGGUUUCUGGUGGAAGUGCGGGUAAAUCAGAGCAAGCUACGUUUUCUGAUGUUUUGAAUGAAUCUCGAGUAACCAAUGUGAAAAAUGAAGAAAAUAAAUCUGUUGAUGCGUAUAGAGUUUCGGAAAAUCAGGAUAGUUGUUCUAUUCCGACUGAUUCUUGGGACGAUAAGAAUAAGAUGCCUAUUGGUAUGGAAGCAGAUUAUGAUUCUCUUCUCUCGGGAUUUGACGAGUUUGUGGCGAAUGGAAAUGGAGAAGCCGUCGGCAAUGGGUACCAAGUUGGUGACAUGGUGUGGGGCAAAGUAAAAUCCCACCCGUGGUGGCCUGGAUUUAUACACAAUGAAGCCUUUGCUACGCCUUCUGUUCGGAGAACCAAACAUGAGGGCCAUGUGUUGGUGGCAUUUUUCGGGGAUGGUAGCUAUGGGUGGUUUGAACCAGCCGAACUAAUACCAUUUGAGAAGAACUUUGCGGAAAAAUCUCGGCAAACACUUUCACGGACAUUUUUAAAGGCAGUGGAGGAAGCUGUGGAUGAGGUAUCUCGAAGAAGGGGUUUGGGUCUUAUCUGUAGAUGUCGAAACAAGUUUAAUCUUUGGCCUACCGGUGUUGAGGGAUACUUUAUUGCAGAUGUAGCUGGUUAUGAACCUAGCGCAGUUUAUCCCGCAAGUCAGAUUGAAAAAGCACGAGGCAGUUUUCUUCCCAGGGAGAUGCUCACUUUCGUACAACAGCUAGCCUUGAAACCCUUGUCAGAUGAGUAUUGGAUGCUAGAUUUUAUCAAGAACAAGGCCACGGUUUUAGGGUUCAGAAAGGCCCUGUUUGAGGAGUAUGAUGAGACAUAUGUACAAGCCUUUGGUACUGAGUUUGUGCGCCCUGCUCGGCCCACGAAGCCACCUGUUAUGGAUUCAUCUAAAGAUCCUUUGAGUGGCCGGCUCGUCAUUGCAGAAGCUCUUGGUAAGGAGAAGAGCUCUGCAAAACCUAUUAGAAUAAAGGACCAAAUUGAGAAAGAAAGGUAUCUAUUUAAACGCCGAGACACACCAAAUGAGUUUAAGGCUAAAAAAGCAAGCUCGACGCAAGUAGGCUCCUCUAGUCAGCCUCUUUCGGAAGAUGGGUCGCAUGUUUCUGGGAUAGUUGAUUAUUCUGGCAUGUCUGAGCAUGUGCAUCAGACUCCCGAUACCAGUGUUUCUGAAGGCCUUGACCUACCUACAAGUCAUCAGUUUUCUGCUGAAGAUUUACACAAAAAGAAACUUCAGGACGUUUGCAGUGGUCCCAAGAAGCUUUUGGACAAUGGAGCUAAGAAAGCAAAGGUACGCAAGCGUCCUGCUGGGGAAAUAAGCACUGAGAAUCCAGUUCUGACAGAGAAGAAGAAGAAGAGAAAGAAUGAAAUAGGCAUUAGGGUUAACCAUGUGCAGAUACCUGGCGUUCUCGAUAACAGCGGAGCAGCACCCGUGAGAGUUUCAGGAACAUCUGCUCAAGUUUCUCUGGGUGAAAAGUCUCAGCUUCCUUCAAUGGAAACAUGGCAGGCUGUUGGGAUAGGGGAUGCAGAGUUUGAACUUGCAGUGCUACUGAAUGAUUUACAAGCUCUUGCUCUCAACCCCUUCCAUGGCGUGGAAAGGAGGAGUCCAGCUAUUAUCAAGCAGGUUUUAUCAAAAUUCCGAUCUCUCGUCUAUCAGAAGAGCUUGGCCUUGUCAGCUCCAGCAGAGAAUGAUUUAAACGAAGCUCGUGCAAGUAAAUUACCUGCUGCCAGAUCUCCAAUCAUUUCUGCAGAGAAUAUCAAAGAGGUUUCAACUGUGAAGCCUGUUAAACCUCUAGUCACGCAUGAUGAUCUAGGCAAAGUUGGAAAGAAACGUGGUCCAUCUGAUCGUCUCGAAGAAAUUGCUUCAAAGAAAAAGAAGAGAUUUGACGAUGUGAAAUCAUUAGUAGCAGAGAAGAAGGCUGCCCAGAAGGCUAUAGACAUUCAACGAGGGGAUGUAAAAGAACCAGGUGCGGAAAUUGUAUCACUAACAUCAAAAAAAGCAAUUAAAAUGGAAUCUAGCAAGAGGAUAGAGCAGCAGCCAACAAGAGCUGCUGAUCGUGCAAUGCUUGUUAUGAAGUUUCCACAAGGAGGAGCACUUCCUUCAAUUGCAGAACUGAAAGCGAAGUUUGCUCGUUUUGGUCCAUUGGAUCACUCCAGUACUCGAGUUUUCUGGAAGUCAUAUACGUGCCGUGUUGUCUACCAGUCCAAGGUUCAUGCUCAAGCUGCCUUAAAGUUUGCUGCAGGAAGUAACAAUUUAUUUGGAAAUACAAACGUGAGAUGCUAUAUCCGGGAAGGUCAAGAAUCAGAACAGGCCAAGGUUCAGAAGGACGACUCAUCAAUUGUGGCCUCCCAACAAACUAAAGAUAAUGUAGCUGAGCAAAGGGUGGCUGCUAAACUUUCUUUGCCACUGAAUCAGCAACCGCCUGCCCAGCUCAAGUCUUGUCUGAAGAAGUCCUCAGGCGAUGAAGGCGGCAGUGGUAGAAGCACCCGCGUCAAGUUCGUAUUAGGUGGGGACGAGACUCAAUUGUUGAGCGGGAAUGAGAACACCAAUAUCAUUCCUACUUUUCCCGAGGUUGCUGCUUCUACACGUUCAGUCGAUCUUAGUAGUAAGAAUUUUGCUAAGAUUAUUUCUCAUUCUGCCAAUGCCAAUCCUUUGACUUCUAAUCAGUUUCAAAAUUUGCGGAGUAAUAUGCCAUUUUCUGAGCAAGUAUCUGCAUCGUUUAAUGUCCCACCCGCUCCACACAUAUCCAUCAUCCCAAGAACAAACAAUGAUAUUGCACAACAGAUGAUUAAUCUUCUAAUCAAGUGCAAUGAUGUGGUUACCAACUUGAGGGAAACACUCGGCUAUGUGCCUUACCAUCCUCUAUAA